AUGGGAUCCGCCGCCGAGCAGCCGGGCAGGGCCACGGGCCUCGUGUCCAGCCUGCUGAACGACACCCUCGAGUUCUACCGCUGGAGCUGGAGCAUCCGAGACAAACGUGUUGAUGACUGGUUCUUGAUGCAAUCUCCAUUUCCAACACUGACUAUAAGCACUCUUUACCUCCUCACUGUCUGGCUGGGUCCCAAGUGGAUGAGGAGAAGAGAACCCUUCCAAUUGCGCUUCUUGCUGGUUAGCUACAACUUUGGAAUGGUUCUACUUAACUUCUAUAUUUUCAAAGAGCUAUUUUUGGCAUCCAGCGCUCGAGGAUACAGCUAUGUCUGCCAGACUGUGGAUUAUUCAGAUAAUAUUUAUGAAGUCAGGAUAGCUGGUGCUUUAUGGUGGUACUUCGUCUCAAAAGGAAUUGAGUACUUGGACACAAUAUUUUUCAUCCUGAGGAAGAAAUUUAACCAAAUCAGUUUCCUUCAUGUCUAUCACCAUUUCACUAUGUUCACCUUGUGGUGGAUUGGUAUCAAGUGGGUUCCAGGAGGACAAGCUUUUUUUGGAGCCCAAAUGAAUUCUUUUAUUCAUGUUGUUAUGUACAUGUACUAUGGAUUAGCUGCCUGUGGCCCUAAAUUUCAGAAAUAUCUGUGGUGGAAACGAUACUUGACCAUAUUACAAUUGAUUCAGUUCCACGUGACUCUUGGCCACACAGCCAUGUCUAUUUAUAUCGACUGUCCCUUCCCUAAAUGGAUGCACUGGGGUGUAAUGAUCUAUGCUGUCACCUUUAUUUUCUUGUUUGGUAACUUCUACUAUCGGACAUAUAAAAUGCCCAAGGAACCCAUUAAGAAUGGCAAAAUAGUGAAUGGUGCUGUUGCAAACGGUGUAAGCAAACUAGAAAACAAUCUAGUGGUGGAAAAUGGAAAAAAGCAGAAAAAGGAAAAAGCAAAAGGAGAGUAACUUAUCCAGGCCUUAACCAUUGCUGGCAGUGGGGAACCUCCAGUUUGGUUUAAAAAGAAAAAGGAGGGGAAAAAAAGAAACACAAUGUACCAAUUAACCCUUAGGUUACCGAAGAGCUAGAACACAGAUAUUUUCAUUAUUUAUGAAGAUUGUUUUAACAAAAAUACUUCAAGUUAAAUUGCUGUUGUAAUUAUGUAAUUAUCAAGCAUUUGAUGAUCUCUGUGUAAACUUUUAGACUGCUGGUGCUGGUGAAUGUAAGAAAGAAUUGCAGUAAAUAACAUGUUUUAGCAGUCCAAAGGUUAAUAUUACCAAUGAUCCAAUGAUUUGUUGAAGCCCACAUUUCUAUGUGGAAAAGGGCAGCUUUUGAAUAUUUCUGUUUCUGCCAGAAAUUUAUUAAAUUCCAAAUUAUGAUGUUGUAUGUUUUUAUCUGAAAAUACAAACUCUUAUCAUUAAUUAGAGAUAUCUCAAGACACAGUUAUGUUUAUAUGCUGAACAGAGUCUGUUGACUUAUCAGACUCUCCUUGUUUUGAUUUAGUGUCUGCUACAAUUUUUCUUCUAUUGUGGAAAUAUACCUACCUCUUAAUCUGCUGAAAAGAACAUUUAACAUUAAAUAACUUUAAUUUCUGAAAUAUGGAGUCUUCUAAUAUAAAUGUCAGUUAAUGCUAAUUGGAGAAAGAAAUUGCUUUCCUGAAAAAAUACAUUUUCACCUGUUUUGUAGAAUUAUCAUCUGUCUCUUUCAAUGCAAGCUUGGAAUGGUAUUUUGGAU